AUUAUAUAUAUUUUGCUUCAUGCCUUAAGAAAAAUCACUUGCACGGUAGCACCUCUUACUAAAAAUUAAAGCCUUUGUUUCUCUUUUUUAAUAAGGAAGAUAAACCAAGCAAACUACAAAAACACAUAUAGGAAAUAUGGCAUUGGACUUGAACAAGAUCAAGGAGAAGACUAUUCUCAACAGCCCGACCCUUGUCGAGUAUAUCAUGAAAACAAGUGCUUACCCCAAUGAGCAUCAACAAAUGAAGGAAAUUAGAGAUGCCACUCUAGAGAAAUACCAACACAUGAGUAUCAUGAAUGCGUCCACUGAUGAAGCACAAUUUCUAUCAUUAUUAUUGAAGCUCAUGAACGCUAAAAACACCUUAGAAAUUGGUGUAUUCACUGGCUAUUCUCUUCUUGCUACUGCACUUGCUCUUCCUGAUGAUGGAAAGGUUCUAGCAGUUGAUCCUGAUAGAGAAGCAUAUGAAGUUGGGGAGCCAUUCAUCAAAAAGGCCGGAGUUGACCAUAAAGUUGACUUUGUUCAUGGACCAGCCAUGCCAUUUUUGAAUGAUCUAAUAAGCCAGGGUAAGGAAGGGAUCUUUGAUUUUGCCUUUGUGGACGCGGACAAGGAGAAUUACAUCAACUAUCAUGAACCGUUACUUAAACUUGUUAAGAUUGGAGGAGUAAUUGCCUAUGACAACACUCUUUGGUUUGGUUCCGUUGCAUAUGAUAGCAAUGAUGAUAUAUUCAAUAAUGAUCCAAUUAUGGGUUUUAUUAAAAAGAUUGGACAUGGUGCAAUUAGGGACUUGAAUAGCUUCCUUGCAACUGACCCUCGUAUUGAGUCGACCCUUCUUUCGAUUGGCGACGGUGUUACACUUUGUAGACGCAAGUAUUGAGUUUUAAACUUAUUGUAAUUUCUAUCAUAAUGAGUCAAAGAUCGAUGUAAGUGCACUAAUAAUUUAUUUACUUAUAAGAAAAAUAAUUAUUACUC